UCUGUUUCAGAGUGAGGAGGGGUAUUCAGAGUAUGUGAAUUUUCGACUUAGAAAAUUUGUUUUUUUUGUGAUUUUUUGUUUCUCUUCAAUUUUACGUUUUAAAGAAAAGAAAAGUUCCAAAAUGGAUAAUCCAAAAGGGAUAAGUUCCAAAAUGGAUAAAAAAUGGAUAAACAUUUCCAAAAUGAAUAAGUUGUAUACUUCGGAUACUUUUAAUACUGCGAAAGAGAAAAAGUACAAAUAUUUAUGGAAAUAUAUUACAAAUGAUCCAUUUAGAAAUCGUUGUGAAUCAAUUAAUAAAAUGCAAAUUUGAAUGGAAAGUGGUCAAUCUUAGACAAAUUUAUGAAGCUGUUCAACCUGGUAUAAAAACACAAUUAAUAAGCAGUCGAUUUCCAGGUUUCCAUGAAGUGGCAUGGGAAUUAGUUAUUGAAAUUCACAAAAUUAAAAAUUAUGAAGAGAAAGAAACUGUUAAUAUAUGGCUUCGACAAGUAGGCCCUUGUGCUAUAGAUGAUUUUAAUUGUCGUAACCCUUUUGCUAAAAAUUAUGUUACAAAUACAAAAUAUAAAAUUUAUGUUAUUAAAGAUAACAACUUUACGAUUAUUUCAAGGUUUUUAAAAUUUUUUAAAUAUUUUUCUGACAUAAAGCAGGCCUGUCAGGGGGUAUCAAAGAAUAAAUUGGAAGAUCAACAACAAAUAGGAUAUGUUCAAGUUUUGUUGGAUGACGUACUUUCUAAAGCAGGGGCAUGGUUUCCUAAUUUUAAGCUUUUGGAAGGAUUACAACUUUAUUGUGAGGUUAAACUUGUUUAUUUGGAUUCAUUGGAAAUUCUACAAAAAAAAUAUGCUUCGAUGUUUUAUAAUAAUAAAUUUACUGACUGUGUUUUUAAGAUUGGCGAUAAAACUAUAAAAGCACAUCGUUGUGUUUUGGUUCAAAGCAGUGAAGUAUUUAAAAAAAUGUUUGGAGAUACUGGUAUGAUUGAAGCGACAACUGGUGAAGUGACAAUCACUGAUGCUACUCCAGAAUGUUUUCGACAAUUUUUAUCGUAUCUUUAUACUGCCAAAAUUUUUAAAUAUACAUUUAAAAAAUAUGUUGAAGAUCUUUUUUCUCUUGCACACAAAUAUCAGGUGGAAACGUUGCAAUAUGAAUGUGAACGUUAUAUGGCAAGUUUGCUAAGUUUGUUUUAA